UUCACCUGACUGACAUUUAUCAUCGUAAAUUUUACAUUGACGACAAGUAGGUUCAAUAAAUAGCUUAUUUUUGAAAAUUUAAAGCAAAAUUGCUGUAAUUUAAAACAAACAAACAAAAUGAAAAUCUGUGGUCCUAAAUUAUCGCUUUGCGGUCUGAUUAUUUCCAUUUGGGGUGUAAUUCAGUUGGUUUUGAUGGGGCUAUUUUUCUAUAUACAUAGCGUGGCAUUGAUAGAAGAUUUACCAUUAGAGGAGGAAUACCAUUCAGUUGAGGAGUUCUAUGCUGCAGCUAAUGCUGCAUAUAAUCAGAAUGCUUACAAUUGUUGGAUUGCUGCCUGUAUUUAUGUUUUAACAUUGUUAUUCUCAGCUCAGCAAUUUUAUGUAAACAGCCGUACGACUGCCAGUUGCUAACUGAUUUUCUUACUUAUCAAACAUGUUUCACAUUCUCAAAACUAGCUUUGAACGAAUUGCAGCAUUAGAAAAGUAAACUAUUUGAAUGUCUAUAGAUAAGUAAAACAAAAAAAGGGCUGCAAUUGUUGAUUAUCUUUAUAAGGAUUUAAUGAUGUAAAUGGUGAAAUAUUAUCCUAUAAUUUGAACUUUUGAACAAACUUCAGUCGUGCAACAGCUAUAGUCCCUUAAAAACAAUGUUAUUAUUAUAACCAAUGAUAUUCCUAAACAACUGUUGAGAGAUUAUCAAACCACUUUUGAUUUGUUAUUUGCAUUUUGUUUAUUUGCAAAGUUAUAGAUGAGAAAAUUUUCUCAAAAGAUUCAUUGUCUCCCAAAAAUUUAAAAAAAAAUACUUUAUUUCGAAUUGGUUUCUAAUCAUAUAAGUUUCCAUGUGCUUAAAAAAGUGUUCCUCCUCAUAUUAAACAAAUUUCUUAGCUAAUGUUUUCCGAAGUUUUCCGUACUUUUUUAAUGCAAAUUUAUACCACUGGCCGUAAAUUAUUUCAAGUUUUCUUUCUAUUUGUUUCACCUGAUGAAUGAGUUAUUCGCUUUUUCUGAAUUUCUUUUUUUUCAUGUAUGUAUUUGUUAAUUAUUUCCAUUAUCGAAAAACUCUCCAGUGUGAGAAAAUUUCUUUGUAAAUUAUUAUUACCAUAUCAUUAAGCGUUAAUUUUAUUCUUAGUGAAGAAAUAGAGUUUUGAUUCAUUAUUGUGCAUGUGAAAUAUUCUACUUUAAUAAAAGCGUAAUUUUAUUUCAUAUAGGGUGAUCUAAACGACUUACACCAUUAUGUAGCUAUAAUAGACACUUCAAACCCCAAACCUUCCAGAAAAAGAGCUGAGAGUUAUUUAGCGCGUACUCCAUAAAUGAAAUUAUUACGUUAAUUCUGACUUGCGGGAAAUUUAUAUACUUACCAUUUGGACAACUCUUUGAAGAAGCGGGGUGUAUAACUCUCAAGUCGUAGACAAUUUUAUCAAGUAUCGAUUUUUAUUCCCAUCAUCAAAGGAUGCAGCGUAUAUUAAUUUUACCAAAGCGUUUGAAAUGUCUAGAAGAAACCUUCAGAGACCCUACAAAACGUAUAUGGCUUUGAUCAGCAUCAAAUCCUUAAUCGGUUCAAGCACGUCCGUCCGCCUCUGUAAUGUCUUUUUUAAACAUUCUUCUGGCCGGAAAAAUGAAGCUUGAAAUGAAGCUGACUUGCAGAAACUUUGGAAGUUCCUACACGAAGGCGGGGUAAUGAAAAUCGGCCAAAUUGGUCGAAGAGUAAGGUUACAGUAUCACGUAAACUAAGAAAAACCUCUAUUUUUCAAAAGGGGUAAAAAAUUUGUUUUUUUUCUAAUUGUUCAUAAACACCACAGCAGGUAAAUCUCCAUAGGUAAAAAAGCAUAUUCUAUGGGUGCAAGCAAACUUGGAAAAUCCUUAUAUUAUAUUCACCUGAGCAUGUUUGCCUGUCUAUCUGUUCCUGUUGCUUAAAAUUU